UAUAAUCAUUCAGCUUAAGACAACAUAUCAUAGUCAUCAUAAGAAGAAAUGUCUCAAAUAAUAUUCCCACUUCUCUCUCUGAUUUGUGUCCUCGUGAGUUUGCAGUUGUCUUCAUCAACUGCAAAUGAUUUGUCGUUAGAAACUUACAUCGUUCGUGUUGAUUCACCGGUUACCCAACUUUUAUCCGAUCAAUCGAACGAGCACUUAGAAAGAUGGUACCGUUCAUUCUUGCCAACAACUUUAGCUACCGAAACCGAAACACCACGAAUAAUCUAUUCCUACCGGAACGUGUUCUCCGGUUUCGCAGUCAAACUAACGGCCGACGAGGCGCAAGAAAUGCAAAAGAAGACGGGUUUCAUAUCCGCUAGGCCACAACAACAAUUGUCUUUGCACACGACCCACACGCCUAAUUUCCUCGGUUUGCACCAAAACUCGGGACUUUGGAACGAAUCGAACUACGGAAAGGGGAUCAUCAUCGGUGUUUUGGACACCGGGAUUGUGCCCGAUCACCCUUCGUUUAGCGACGAGGGAAUGCCUCCCCCGCCUGCUAAAUGGAAGGGGGCAUGCGAGUUCAACUUCACUGGCGCAUGCAACAACAAGCUCAUUGGAGCGAGGCAUUUCGCGGAAGGCGACGGGACCCCACUCGACUUCAACGGCCACGGGACCCACACGGCCGGCACUGCCGCGGGGAACUUCGUGAGAGGCGCAAACGUGUUCGGCAUCGCUAAUGGCACUGCGGCCGGAAUAGCGCCCCUCGCUCACCUGGCGGUUUACAAAGUGUGCUCGCGCGGCUCCGGUUGCUCCGAGAGCGACACAUUGGCGGCUAUGGAUAUCGCCAUCGAAGACGGAGUGGACAUUCUCUCCCUCUCAUUAGGCGCACCUUCCAGGCCCUUUUACAACGACUACAUUGCGCUCGGCUCGUUCAGCGCAAUGGAGAGAGGAAUCUUCGUGAGCGCUUCGGCGGAUAACAACGGUCCUUUUAACUUUUCGUUGGCAAACGAAGCCCCGUGGAUGCUCACCGUCGGUGCAAGCACAAUCGACAGGAGAUUAGUGGCCAACGCCAUUCUCGGAAACAACGAGGAGCUCGAGGGCGAAUCGGCCUAUCAUCCGAUGGAUUUCCCUCUGACGCAGUUGCCUUUAGUGUACCCUGGAUCGAACACUAGCAACUCCGGCGCCGCCUUCUGCACCCAGAGGUCGUUGAACAACACUGACGUCAGAGGAAAAAUAGUUUUGUGCCGCAUUGGUGGCGGCAUCGCCGGAGUCGCAAAAGGACAAGCGGUGAAAGACGCCGGUGGGGUCGCAAUGAUCCUCGUCGGCAUCGAGCAGCGGGGCUUCACCACGACAGCCGAGGCUCAUGUACUUCCCGCUACAAACAUCAAUUAUCGGGACGGACAAAAAGUGAUGGCGUACAUAAAUUCGACCUCUGCUCCAACCGCAGGGAUCGUGUUUAAAGGAACCGUCAUCGGCGACAAAAACUCGCCGGCUGUGGCUGCUUUUUCUUCCAGAGGCCCGAGCAGGGCUAGUCCUGGGAUACUGAAGCCGGAUAUUAUAGGCCCCGGAGUCAACAUUCUUGCAGCACAUCUUACUUACGUCGAGAAUAACACCAACACUAAUAUCACAUUCCGAUUCGUCUCCGGCACCUCAAUGUCGUGCCCGCACCUUAGCGGCGUAGCAGCAUUGCUCAAAAGUGUGCACCCCGAUUGGUCUCCGGCCGCCAUCAAGUCCGCCAUCAUGACCACCGCAGAUAAUGUGAAUCUCGAAAACAGGCAAAUACAGGAUGAGAGGCAUCUUCCCGCCGAUAUUUUCGCCACCGGUGCGGGCCACGUCAAUCCAGUCAGGGCGAGCAAUCCAGGACUCGUUUACGACAUCGAGCCACGAGACUACGUGCCGUAUUUGUGCGGCCUCAACUACACGAACCGGGAGAUGAACAUAAUCACGCAGCGUAAAGUGAAUUGCUCUGCGGAAUCGAGGAUCGUCGAAGGGCAGCUGAAUUAUCCUUCGUUUGCUAUCAGGUUCGGAUCGUCCAACCAGACGUUUACAAGGACGGUGACUAAUGUCGGGGAGGCUAGUUCGAGUUAUGCCGUUGAGGUUGUCGCGCCGCCAGGCAUCGACGUGAUUGUUGAGCCCCGGAGACUCGAUUUCUCUCAGCUGAACCAGAAAUCGACAUACGAGGUUACGUUUAGCAGAUCAGAAAUUACAAGCAACACAUCUGUUUCUCAAGGAUAUAUUGUCUGGAAAUCAGCUAAUCAUUCAGUUAGGAGUCCAAUUGCUGUGUUCUAGCCAACUGUUUAAGGGUGUGGUUUAAUUUGGUUAGCUAAUUAAUAUUGUUGCAUAGUAAUUCUUAUUAGUUGAAAUUCUUUUAUAUGUUGGAGCACUUUCCUCUGAAAUGUGGAAUAUCUGUAUUAUUCUUGGAAUUUAAUU